CUAGGUCAGGUGAUUGCCACAAAUUAAAAAGGGUUUACACUUGCCACCCGUUUUGCAGGUGCACUAUAAAUACAGAUACACCAACGAUCAUCUUCUUCAUCACCACAAUGGACUUCGACAUCACCUUCCUGGUCCUCAUCUCUUCUCUCAUUCUUUCAUUCUUCGUUAUUCUUAAGAGAAAACGCAAUGCUUCAAAAUCUAUAAACCUCCCACCAGGUCCACCAAAACUACCCAUCAUCGGAAACGUCCACCAGAUCGCCGGAGCACUGCCGCACCAUGCAUUCCGUGACUUAGCUAAGAAAUACGGUCCCAUCAUGCACAUGCAACUCGGCCAGAUCUCCGCCAUCAUCGUCUCGUCACCUAAGUUAGCCAAAGAAGUCUUCAAAACCAACGAUCUCGCACUAGCCAGCCGUCCAUAUGCACUCGUCGCUGAUAUUGUGUUGUAUGGGAGCUCCGACGUUGCUCUUGGCCCUUACGGCGAUUACUGGAGACAAAUGAAGAAGAUGAUCACCGUUGAACUUUUAAGCGCCAAGAAAGUCCGGUCGUUCAGUGGAUUCCGGGAACAAGAGGUCGACCAUUUCAUUGAGUUCAUUCGAUCGACCUGCGGAAAACCGGUGAUCUUACGUAAUAAGGUAACGGAAAUGAUCAACAACAUCGUGUGCAAAUCUUCGUUUGGUGGUAACUGUAAACAACAAGAUGUAUUGAUCGAAGUUGUGGACGAGUUGGGGAGAUUGGUAAGUGGGUUUUAUGUUGCAGAUCUGUUUCCUGAGUUUGGAUUCCUUUCGGUCAUUUCUGGAUUGAAAUCCAAGCUGACGCAGAUUCACAACAGUCUUGAUAAGAUUUUUGAAGAAAUCUUUGAGGAACGGAAAAUCAGAAGACAAAGUAACAAAGAAUCCGAAGACGAUCUGCUUGAUGUUCUUCUCACCAUCAAAGAGAGCGGUGGCUUACAGUUCCCUAUCACAGACGACAACAUCAAAGCUGUUUUUGUGAAUAUGUUUAGCGGAGGCACCGAUACAAGUGCUAUGACAAUCGAAUGGGCAAUGACAGAACUGAUGAGAAACCCUAAAGUGAUGGAGAAGGCACAAAAAGAAGUGAGAGAAACAUUUAAGGGAAAGAACAAAAUCACCGAGAGCGACUUAGAACACUUGGUUUACCUCAAAUACAUCAUCAAAGAAACUUUAAGGCUUCACCCUCCUCUACCUUUGUUGCUUCCAAGAGAAUGUAGAGAGCAUUGUCAAAUCGAUGGUUAUGAUAUACCAGUGAAAACGAAAGUGAUUGUCAACGCUUUUGCAUGUGCAGUUGAUCCUGAAUAUUGGGAUGAUGCAGAAAGUUUCAAACCAGAGAGAUUCGACAGCUCUUCUGUUGAUUUCAUGGGUACAAACUUUGAGUUCGUCCCAUUUGGUUCAGGGAGGAGGAUGUGUCCUGGGAUUAAUUUUGGUUUGAUUUCCAUCGAGGCUGCUCUUGCUCAAAUGUUAUACUACUUUAAUUGGCAACUUCCUUCUAAAUCAAGCCCUACGAGUAUUGAUAUGACAGAGAACGAUGGAGCCACUGCAGUAAAGAAAAUCCCAUUGCUUGUAACUCCAACUCUCUAUUCUUCAUUUUGACGAGCAAUUUAAUAGUGAGAACAAAUAAGAUCAAAGGUUGCUGAGCCUUAUCUAAGCUUCUAUAUAUAGAAUAUGUUUUUUUUUUACUGUAAUUUUUUUUAUGUAUUGUUGUUAUUAAUUAAUUAAUACGCAAGUUUAAAAGGAUACACAUUGAAUAGGACUUACCUCAUCUUCUCACAGAACUACUUGCAAAUGGAAAUGCAUGACAAAUAGUAAAGUAUAUCUUGUGUUUUG